GAGAAGAAGAAGAAAAGGAGGAAGAAGAAGAAGAAGAAGAAGAAGCAGUAGCAUAUACAGAUUCCCUUCGCAGCCUCUUUAGCUGUCUGUGUCUGACCCCUAACCUUAUGGACUAGAUUCCUCCUCAGGUGAUUUCUUCAGUGUGGGAUUUUUUGUUUUUGUUUAUUUUCUCACCAAGAUGCAGGCACAGCUGGCAUUUAUGCUUCUCCUCUGUUUCACAUGUGGUGGACUUUGCACAGACAUCAACCAGGACCAACGAGCGCUAGAAGAGGAGCUUCUCAGCAGUCUCUUCACUUCUAAGAUGAAACAGAAUAAGCAGAGUGCCCCCUACUGGCGUGUGUCACUGACCAACCUGUGCAGAAUGGUGAGCGGCCUGAGGCAGGAGGUGUGGAGUGGCGAGGAGGAGGAGGAUGGUGAGCCGAGGGAGGGGAGCCGAGGGCUGUUGGAGGAGCUGUACAACCUGCAACAAAUCUGCCUAGCGCUGCAGAGCCGCGAGGAGAGGCUACUCAAUGACUCUCUUGAAUAUUUAGAGGAGAACAGUGACAAUCCGCUGAAACGAAAAUCGCCCUACAUUCUGAAGAGGCAAGCGACGCACACCACCAAGUCCCGGAGGCCGUACAUCUUAAAACGAAGUACAAUUUACUGACAAACCAUCCCAGAGAGGAUCAGACCAUAUACUUUCUGUGAAGAUGUGAUUGUGUUUUUUUCUCUGUUCUCGUAGCUGCAAUGUUUUUUCUUUUCCCAUUGUCGUUUCUA